AUGUAUUUAGGUAAAAUAAAGAUCGACUCCGUAUCCCAACUGGUACCUGCCCCUGCGCCUGUGAACAUCUCCACCCCCGUCAUCAAGUACAACAUGACACACAACGGCAGCCUCACCUUCUACAUGCCCCUGCGCGUGGCCCUGCCCACCGUCAACGUCAGCUCCAACCAGAGCGUGUUCCUCCGCGUGCCGCCCAUGAACUUCACCAUGCCGUACAUCAACGUCACCACGCCCAAGUUCUACGUCAAGCACAACUCCAGCCUGGUGGCUAACUGCCGGAACAUCAACAUCACCAGCAACCAGACUCUGCAGUUCAAGAUCCGUCCCAGCAACCUGUCCCUGCCGUUCCUGAACGUGAGCAGCCCGGACAUCUGCGCCUUCCACAACUCCUCCGUGUCCCUGAAGGUGCCAAUCCUGCGCCUGGCCACUCCCAGCCUGAACGUGACCGUGAACCAGACCGUGUACGGCCGCCUGCCCCGCGCCAACGUCUCCAUGCCCUUCCUCAACAUCUCCACCGUGGAGAUCGAGGCCGAGCACAACUCUCUGAUGAACCUGUCCACCCCCGAGUGCUGCAUUCUGGGCUUCUACGAUCUGGCCUACCUGAACAAGUUCAUCAGCACCCCCGAGAUGCAGGCCAACGUGACCCACAACGCCACUGCCUUCGUGAGCUUCAUGAACACCACCCUGUUCUGGAACCUGACCGCUCAGGCCGACAGGGUCCAGCUCAACCACACCGCGCGCAUCGAGAGCUGCUUCUGCACCUCCGUCAACGUCUACACUAACACUAGUGCCAGGUGCGAGAUCCCGUCCAUCAACAUCACCGUGCCUUACACCGGGUUCAACGUGUCCACUCCAUCCUUCAUCACCAACAUGACCCACCUGAUGAACGCCACCAUCGCUCUGGAAAGGCAGAACAUCACCUGGAACGUCACCGCCAAGGUCAACUCCACCUGCUUCGCGCAGAACGUCAGCAUCGUCAACGACUGGCAGCGCAUCGAGGCCGUCCACAACACCUCCAUCGGUGCCAACCUGACCUUCCUGGACUUCCGCAUCCCUUACGUCAACACUUCCAUCUGGAACGUCACCGGCAUGAACAGGACCACCUCCUACAACCAGCUGCAGUACCUCAACUUCUCCGGCGUGUGGCGCUACGACUUCGGUAAGAUCACCUGGAUCAAGGUUGAUCUGCCCAGGAUCAGGACCCCCAAGAUCCCCAUCCCCGAUCUGCAGAAGAUCCAGCUGCCCCAGAUCCCCGACAUGACCCCCCUGACCUACGCCAACAUCAGCACCCCAGAGAUCACCGUGCCGUGGUUCAACUACACCAUCCCCUCCAUCCGCCUGGGCGUCAACACUUCCAUCCCCGCCUUCCGCGUGCCGCUGACCAACUACACCACCCCGUCUAUCAACGUCAGCCUGACCACCCUUAACAUCUCUCAGUGGACCGUGCCCUGCACCAACCUGACCAUCCCCGAGAUGCGUCUGUCCCUGCCCGUGGAGCUGCUGCCCAACAUCACCCUGCCCAGGAUCCCCACCCAGGAGGAGGUCCAGCAGUACGUGCCCUUCCAGAUCCCCAGGAUGCCAAAGGUGAUCCCAUCUUACAAGCUGAACCUGCCCAAGAGGCUGCACCUCCCCAUCCCCGCAAUGGGUAACGCCAGCGUCUCCAUGGAGAUGAGGUCUCCCAUCUACAAUGUCUCCGCCGGAGCCGAACUCAGGAACGAGACCUCCAUCAUCGCCAGGGCCAACGCCACCGUCAACUGCACCCUGGAGUUCCUGAACUUCACCACCCAGGCUGAGGCCAACCUGACCAUCCCCCACUACAACGAGAUCAUCACCGGCCUGUCCUUCAACCACAGCCAGCAGUGGAUGCGCUGCAACUUCACCCACAACGCCUCCAUCGCCGUGGGCUGGGAGAAGCAGAACGUCACCUUCAACCACACCUUCUCGUGCCAGACCCCGGUCCAGCAGGUGCACCUGGCCCAGAACCUGACCGUGCGCAACAACCUGACUCACUUCGAGAUCUGGUCUAACGAGACAGCUGCCACCAACGCCACACUGCUGCAGUACAUCAGUCUCUACAACAUCUCUCUGUGGGACGUCCUUCGUCUGAACGAGACCUCCUCCCCCCAGCAGCUCCAGCGCGUUAACGUCACCACCUACUUCUGCUACAGCAAGUCUAACGAGACCUGGGAGUUCCCCAUCUUCAACUUCACCGCUCCCACCACCAAGCUUGGCGAGAUCAGGCUGAACACCACCUGGCUGUACGCCCUGGCUAACGCCACCUCCACCUACAUGAACGUCAGCCUGCCUUACAUCGGCAACGUCACCGAGCUCGCCUCUAACGUCACCUACUUCCUCAACACCACCGACCAGAUGCUGAACGCCACCGACUACCUGCGCAACGCCACCUACCUGGUGCUCAACUACACCCUGCCCGUCGUCAGGAACGUGACCGAGUACAUCUGGCGCCUGCCUUACGUGCCCCAGGUCUCCUACUUCGUCGGGAACAUGAGCCUGCCACGUAUGACUCUGUACCCCAAGAUCAUCGUGCCGGCUCUCGGAAACACCACCUUCAGGGUUAACGUGAGCUCCCCCGUGUACAACCUGACCCUGGACAGCCAGCUGGUGAACACCACCCUGGUGCAGAACAAGUCCGCCAUCGUGCACCUGCUCAACUGCACCGCCAACUCCACCCUGGACUUCCUCAACUUCACCAUGCAGAGCUACCUGAACGUGUCUCACGCCCACAACCUGACCGAGCUGAACAUCUCCGCCUCCGCGAACCUGACCCACCCUGACGUCACUGUCAACGUCACCAUGAACACCACCGGCAUCAACGUCACCGACAUCUGGUUCACCAAGUUCAACCACUCCCUGGUGGUCAACGUCACCGCCUACGACUGGGUCAACGCCACCAUGAACUUCACCAUGAGCAACAACACCGUGUACGCUAACCUGACCGUGCCCACCCUGGAGAGCUCCGUGGCUCUGCUGGCCCAGCGUAACGCUAGCGUGCUCAACGUCACUCUGUACCACCAGCAGAAGCCCGAGUACCGUAACAUCACCGCCUGGCAGCUGGCCGUGGCCCUGAACCGCUCCGACGCCGUGUCCUUCCGGUUCCGCCUGAACCCGGAGUCCCUGCUGCUCAGGCCCACCAACCUCACCUUCCAGCUCACCAAGGCCUUCUACCGCGCCAUCUGGAACCAGUCCCACCCCAUCAACAAGUACCCCCUCAAGUACAUCAACAGGACCAUCUCUGAGGCCAUCAAGGAGCCCAUCGUCCUGAGCUACAACUUCUCCAUGGACUGCGCCAACCAGACCCUGAACGUCUCCAUGUACGUGUUCAACUACACCGUCAACUACGUCCUGGACAACUACAACGCCACCGUGACCUCUGCCCUCAACACCACGCUCCACCUGGCGAACUACACCAUGAACUACACCCUGGAGCUGGUCAACAAGACCCUGAACUACUCCAUCGAGUCCCUGAACAACUUGACCUUCACCAUCCCCCAGAUCAACGUCACCAUCAAGGGAUCCGAGAUCGUCGGCAACGUCACUCAGCUCAUCCAGAACGUCACCCGUUACUCUACCAAGCUGCAGAGGAACGCUACCCACCUGAUCGGUAACCUGACCCAGCUGGCCAUGAACGCCUCCUACUACGGCUACAACGUCACCGAGAACGUCAUGCGCAACGUCACUCGCUUCAUCGACGGCAACCUGCCAGUUGUCAGCUGGGCCUGGCGCUAUUGGGACCCCAUCAACUACAGCAUCAGGCUGGCCAACUCCACCAUCCAGUACGCCCGUAACGUGAACUACACCGACGCCAGCCAGGUCGCCAUGGCCAUGACCGAUCUGGCCAUCAACCGUACCCUCAACUACACCGUGGAGUACGUGCCUCAGGUUACUGAGUGGGCCGUGAACAAGACCUGGGAGACCACCUCCUACGCCGCCAAGUACGCCACCGACUACGUCGUGCAGUCCUCCAACGGCAGCAUCGAGUUUAACCUGUACCACCCCUUCAACUGGACCCGCUUCGACGAGGUUCCUUCCGUGAGCAACAGGACCGCCGACCUCCUGAGGCAGACCGCUGAGAUGAUGACGGCCAUGUGGCGCUCCCCCAUGUCCGCUAUGCGCGAGAUCCCACCUUUCGACAGGACCUCCAUCACCUUCGGUCAGCACGUCCUCACCUGGGACGAGCACCUGUACGACGUGCCCCAGGCCGCCUCCGACGACUGCGUCUACGUCCUGGCCCGCGACUUCGACGACGGCAACUUCACCAUCCUGAGCAGCAAGGAGGGCAUCACCGUCCAGCUGCCCACCGCUGUGGUCGAGAUUAACAAGGAGAACCACGUCAGGGUUGACGGCUCCAAGCAGCCCACCGAGCUCCCCUACCAGAGCGAGGAGAAGAAUAUCACCAUCCUGCGCCAGGGACCCUACGUGAACAUCACCACCCGCGACGGCGUGUCCGUCCGCUGCGACGCCAUCAACGAGAUCUGCGUGUACAACAUCUCCGGCUGGUACCACAACAAGACCCUGGGUCUGCUCGGCACCAACGACAACGAGCCCGCCACCGACUUCCGCCGCCCCGACGGGUCCGUCACCGACCGCGAGGAUGCCUUCGUCAACUCCUACGAGGUCACCAAGACCAAGAACUGCAAGAUCGACAGCGAGAGGAACGUCGCCAAGGGCAAGUUCGCCGCCAUCACCGACUGCUACAUCCCCGAGUCUCCCAAGUGUGACGAGCUCUUCAGCCGCGAGAACUACGCCUCCAAGUUCAGGCGUUGCUUCCAGGCCGUCGACCCCGAGCCGUUCAGGCAGGCCUGCAAGAGCGACUCCAAGAGGUGCAACCUAAAGGAGCCCAAGAAGAGCAUCUGCACCGUGACCGCCGGCUACAUCGCCGCCUGCGAGGCCAAGGGCAUCAGGAUCGAGCAGGAAGAAGUCUGCGCAUCCUGUGAGGAGGACAAGCAGCCCGGAGACAGGUGGAACAGGAGGGCCGCCCGCAAGGCCGAUGUUGUCUUCGUGGUGUCCGAGAGCCGCAAGAUGAAGGACCGCUACGGCAAGCCCGAGGAGCAGCUCCUGAGACUCGCCCAGGCCGUCGUCAAGAACCUCGAGCAGAACAAGUUCAAGGAUGUUGAGUUCGGAAUCGUCGCCUUCGCCGGCAAGGAUGUCCACCGUGAGCCCCAUGUCCACACCAUCAAGGGCGAGCUCUUCAAGCAGGUCAGCCAGCUCCAGCGUGGCCUCAACGAGCUCAGAUUCGAGGGUGAGGAGCCCAUGGAAGCUUUCGAGGCCAUCAAGCUGGCCUCCACCUACCCCUUCCGCGCCGAGGCCGCGAAGACCAUCAUCGUCUUCGACCACGAGGAGAGCCUGUACUACAACGAGCUGGCCGAGAUCGUCGACAUCCUGGGAGAGAACUCCAUCACCAUGAACGUCGUCUGCGACUACGCCAAGAUCGACCGCAUCAGCAAGAAGAAGUCUUCUCCUGUUGUUGGCCUGACCGGCAAGGGUGUUGUUCUCCGUGACGAGAAGAAGGGCAAGUCCAAGUCCAAGUACGCCGAGAAGCUCAGCCUGCCCGCCGGACAGUACGUCAAGCUGGCUAAGACCUCCGGAGGCUCCAUCUUCUCCCUGGACACCUUCCUGAAGGGCCACAAGGACUCCUCCGCCAUCAUCAGCGAGCAGAUCGCCGAGCAGCUCCAACCGCAGGUCGAGCCCUCCGCCAAGAAGCAGUGCGUCUGUGUGCGCGGCAUCAACGGCGAGGGAGUCACCAAGUGCAGGAGCGUCUACUAAGUAUAACAUCACCAACACAAGACCUCGGAAGACCAUUUCGACUGUCAUAAAGAAACACCGUAGUUGUUGAUUAGAAUUCGUUCUGUAUUUAAUCCACUUUUGAGUUGUCUUUAACACCACUAACAACUGCACAACCAAUUUUCCUGAAUACAAAAGUAGUAGAGCAUAUAAAAAAGUGUGUCCUGGUUUUAUUUCGUGUUGGGCAUGUGAUAGGUACUUACCGAAAAACUUUACGUUAAGAAAAAAUAUGUGUAUUUAAUUGUUAUGUUGCUAUUAUUAAAGAGCUUUUCUAUGCA